CUCAUUCAAUAUGACCUCUCCAUUCGUCCCUAGAUCGAAAUUUCUCUAUGAUCGGGUCAUCAACUGGUUUCCAGGGCAUAUGGCGAAAGGCCUUCGUGUUAUAUCCGAAAGACUCAAUUCAGUAGACCUCAUUGUCGAAGUCCGCGAUGCUCGUAUUCCACUGUCCUCUAUCAAUCCCAACUUUGAAGCAACUAUAGGUAGAAAGCCAAGAAUGAUCGUUUACAACAAGUUCGAUUUAGCAGAUCCCACCUCUAAAGCACCACUACUCGACGCAUUUUCAAGAUACUCUCCUCAUACACCUGUUUUGUUCACAAGUUCCAACACAGACGCUGGAGUUCGCCGAAUACUCAAUCGAGCAUCUCAGUAUGCUGACAAAAUACCUAUGCUUACCGUCAUGGUUGUAGGCAUGCCGAAUGUCGGGAAAUCAUCUUUGAUUAAUUCAUUGCGACGAUUGGGCGUUGGCAAGGGCAAAGCGGCUCCCACAGGUGCGCAGCCCGGUAUCACUCGGGCUGUCGUUGGAACCAUCAAGGUGCUUGAAGAUCCUACGAUUUACUUGAUAGAUACACCUGGAGUUAUGGUGCCACAUAUUCCACAACCUGUGGAGUCACUCAAGGUGGCUGUUACAGGUGGCAUACGUGAUCAUCUUGCAGACGAACAAGUCAUGGUAGACUAUCUACUGUAUCGUCUCAAUCAAUUCGGUAAUCAUGACUAUGUCACUCAAUUCAGGGUACCUGGUGGACCGACCAAUGACUGCAACCUUUUACUUGAGUCAAUUGCUCGCCGAAUAGGUGCGGUCGUCAAAGGAGGAGACUUGGAUUUUACUAUGGCAGCAAAAUAUUUCUUAAAGCAAUACCGACUUGGCAAAUUUGGCCAAUAUACGCUCGAUGAUGUUAGUCCAGAAGCGCUGGAACGCUUCUUUUCCGAAUCCAGGGACUUUGAUAAAGACAUGUCGGCUAGCCGAAGGCAGGAAAAGAAGCUGGCCAAAUUGCAAGCAAGAAAGGAGCAGCGGGAACGUCACUCUAAAAUAAUGACUGAAGUAGUAUAAAUGUACUUUACAUCGUCGCAUUCAUAGAUCCAACUAGAAUCAUUUUGC